AUGUUCUCUGAACGCUCAUUCCAAGCCCAAAUAAUCCAAGACGAUCUACAACAAACACCGAAGAAUAACUUCAUCAAGCCAAAGGAGAAGAGGUUUCAUAAUGUGGUGAUGGAGAAAACUAAGAAUUAUUUCAAACUGUUUCUUGAAACUUCGUCUAUUCACGGAUUGAAUCAUCUCGUGUCGGAUCGGAGGCAUGUUUUUGAAAUCUUCCUCUGGUUCACCAUAAUAUUCUUCUCAGGGUUUGGAUCCCUGUACCUCUCGCAGAUGACAUGGAGUCGCUACCAGUCAUCACCUACCGUGGUGUCCAUGGACAGAGACAUGUAUGCCUGGAACACCACCUUCCCCUGUGUCACCGUGUGUCCUGUCGACUAUAUCGAUAAGAGGAAACUUGAUAUUUAUCUCAGAAACUCCAACGAAGAAAAUAAGACGAAACUGGAAUCCUUUAUCUUGACUCUCGCUAACUCAUCAUACAGGAACUUUGAAGAUAUUCCGGAUUACGAAGGCGUUACUCCAGACAAAUACAUCCAGCUACUCUUAAACCUGUCUUUGCCUUUUAAACCAACUUUGACGAUUGGAGUGUCCAAUGUGGUGUUGUCCAUAGUACCUACUAUUACGGAGAUGGGGUUAUGUUAUUCGGUAAAUUCUAGGACGGCUGAGUAUAAUUCACCGGAAUACAGAGAUGCAAACCGAUGGGAUGUUUUGUCUGAUGAAAAGAAAUCAUUGUUCAUUCAUCCUUUGGACGGCGAAGUUGCUCAAGUGAUGAAUAUUUCUACUGCUUACAAUGUGUAUAUCCAUGGCCCUCAAGAAGUGCCAGAUAUCUCGACCAAGUUUCAGCGAUCAGCCAAUGGUUACUACAUGAAACUGUACGUCACUGCUCUUACUGUCUAUACCUCACCAGAAGCUUCCAGGUUGAGUGUAAAUCAACGUCGUUGUCGGUUCCCUCAUGAGAACAAUUUGAAACAUAAUUCUAUUUACACAUACACCAUGUGUAGAAUGGAGUGCCGCAUACGACUUUGUCUAAAGUAUUGUCAUUGCAUCCCACAUUUCUAUAGGAGGAUUGGUGAUGAAAAGUUAUGUGAUAUCAAAGGUCUACAUUGCCUGUCGAAACAUAAAGAUGAACUGUACAAGUUGCAAGACAGUACUGGAAAAAGAAUAAACUGUGGAUGCUAUCCGUUGUGUGAUGAUGUCAACUAUGUCUUGCAAUCAAAUGCUCUUCAAGUCUGGUUUCUUGGAACUAAUCUGCAAUGGGGCAUGGUCACUUACCCUCGAAUGAGAUACAGACGGGAUAUCAUUUUCGGUUUCACUGAUGUGCUUGUUGCUGUCGGAGGCAUGGCUGGCUUAUUCCUGGGCUGCAGCGUCCUCAGUUUCAUGGAAGUCGUCUACUUUCUUACACUUCGCCUUUUCUGCUAUGCUCAUACAUCUAAAUGAGUUUUGUCUUCUCUCUGCACU